AUGAUAAGAGACUGGAUGAUGAGGAUAAUCGAUAAGAAGUGUUACUUCGGCCGCAACCGCACCUGUGACUCCCAAGGACGGUUCCUGCCACUCGUCCACCGCGACGGUUUUGUGUACCAGUACGUCUUGGCCGUGGGGGCGUCGGGUCUCUUCAACAACUUCUACGCCCGCCUGAAGGUACCGCCCACUAGGGAAGGCGACGAGGAAGGGUGGCGCCUCCUCCUCCACAACACCGAAGGCAGCGUCUCGCUCAGGGUGGUGACGGAAGGGAAGUCUGUUUAUCCGAAGUGGAAUCCGGAUAUACAGGUCACCAUGAAGCAGUUCAACACCUUAAACACCAGGACGAGCCCUUGCGAGACCCAGGCCGGGUACUCCGACCGGGACUGCGAGCUGGGGUGUUUCGAGAGGGCCUUUUCUGAAGGAGGAGGGUGCUGGCUGCCCUUCAUGACCCCGGGGAGCGCCGCCCCCUGUGCCUCCGCCGAGCAGUACAGUUUCAGUUUGGAGUUCGUCGACACGCUGCUUUAUGGAGGAAAUUGGACGAGGGGCGGUUGCAAGUGCCCGAGUGCCUGUGAUGACGUCACUUACGAGACUUACAGUGACUCGAGAGAGGUUGAGGCAGACACCACAAGAAUCAGGAUAUUUUACAACGAUCUCACGUACCAAGUAGUGACAGAGGAGUGGGCAUACACACUCAUACCUCUCAUGUGUGAUAUAGGCGGCGUGCUGGGAUUAUUACUGGGAGCAAGUGUGUUGACGUUCAUUGAGGUGCUGCAGUGUGUUCUAGCGUGCUGUUCCCGGGGCUGCCCUAAUGCCAGGCAGGGGAGUGUCACUGCCCUUUCGCUUCACUAG